AUGCCUCCCACAAAGCCCAAGGGCGGCAAGAUGAUGUCGCUCAUCAACUACAGGCUUCGCAUCACACUCAACGACUCGCGUCAGAUCGUCGGUCAGCUGCUCGCCUUUGACGCUCACAUGAAUCUCGUCCUCGCCGACUCGCAGGAAUACCGAAAGAUCAAAUCGAGAAAAGCAAAAGCGAAAGCGGCCGCGGCUUCCAAGGAGGGCAAGGCAGCCGUCGAGGACGAGGAGGACGAGGACGACCUUGGAGCUUCGUCGAAUGCUCCGGAUGCCAUCCUGGAGCAAAAGCGAACGCUGGGCUUGCUCAUCCUGCGCGGAGAGAACAUCGUCAGCAUGGCCAUCGAGGCACCACCACCGGCUGAUGACAGGAAACAAGCGACCAUGCAACCCGGCCCCGGCAAAGGCGCUCCUAUGGGUCGUGGCAUGGGCCUGGCAGUGCCACCCAUGGCGGGAGCUGCACCUCCCAUGAUGGCUCGUCCCAUGCCCUACGCGAGACCGCCCCCUGGCAUGCCUGGCAUGCCUGUUCCACCACCAGGCAUGCCCGUCGGUCCACCUCCUGGUUUCCGUCCACCUGGCUUCCCCGGCAUGCCAGGCGGUCCACCUCCCGGCUUCCCCGUUCCUCCGCCGGGAGGCUUCCCUCCUCGUCCACCGCCUGGAUUUGGCAUGCCGCCACGACCACAAUGA